AACCAUAAUUACCAGAACUCGUCCUAUGCGUCAAGGUUUAUCUACGCCUGUCUCUACAUAUAUCUAAGAAGAGAGGUCCAGAUUCUAGCCAAAGAAGAAAUGGAGAUUCUUUCUUUUACAUCCUUAUUAAGUACCAUACUAAUCCUUUGCUCCUCUGAGUCAUCUAUAGCCCUUGACACCAUUUCUGGAACCCAAACAAUCACUGAAAACAGCACCUUGAUUUCCAAACAUGGAAAAUUCGAACUGGGUUUCUUCAGUCCAGGUAGUUCCACAAACAGGCAUGUGGGAAUUUGGUACAAGGAUAUUCCAGGUAAAACUAUUGUUUGGGUGGCAAACCGGCAGAAGCCAAUCAACGACUCUUCGGGGACUUUGAUGAUUAACAGAACAGGGCAUCUUGUCCUUCUCGGACAGAACACUAGUACUGUUGUUUGGUCAGCAAAACCAAACAAACCAAUCCAGGCUACUCUAGUAUUACAGCUUUUGGAUAGUGGAAAUCUAGUCCUAAGAGAUGAGAAUUCAGAAGAGAGCUAUCUUUGGCAAAGUUUUGAUUAUCCUGGUGAUACUUUAUUACCAGGUAUGAAGCUGGGUUGGGACUUGAAAGCUGGCCUUGAAAGGCGUUUAGUAUCUUGGAAGAGCUCUAAUGAUCCUUCUCCUGGAGACUUUAGCUGGCGGAUUGAACUUUCUAGCUACCCUGAUUCUGUCAUGUGGAAAGGCUCCGACAAGUACUGCCGGAAUGGCCCAUGGAAUGGCCUUCGUUUCAGUGGUCAACCAGAACUAAAACCAAACCCUCUAUUCAAGUUUGAAUUUGUUUCCAAUAAAGAUGAAGUUUACUACAUUUUUUACCUCCAAGAUGGAUCUGGAAAAACCAGGAUUGUUGUGAACCAGACAAGUGGUUAUAACCGGGAACGCUACGCUUGGGAUUUAGCGAUUAAAAGUUGGAAAAUAUAUGCGUCAGUGCCAAUAGACAACUGCGACAAGUAUGCUCAGUGUGGUGCCUAUGGAAACUGUAUCACUGGGGAAUCCCCAAUUUGCCAAUGUUUAAAGGGUUUCAAGCCAAAAGGAAACUUUAUCAACUGGUCUCAAGGAUGUGUACGGAAUAAACAAUUCAGCUGCGAGGACAAACAUUCAUCUGGGUUUCUCAAAAUUCGUGGUUUGAAAUUGCCAGAUACUACGUAUACUUGGGCAAAUGCAAAUUUGAGUCUCAAGGAAUGCAAAGUCCAGUGCUUGAGUAAUUGUAAUUGUACAGCUUACACAAAUUCUAAUAUCACAGGAAGAGGAAGUGGCUGUGCCAUGUGGUUUGGAGACUUGAUUGAUAUUAGAGAGGUUAAAGAUGGACAAGAUCUAUAUAUUCGAGUGCACGCUUCAGAGUUAGGUAGAAGCAGUGAGCAUAAGGUGAAAAUAGUUGUGAUAGUUUUGGCUGUCUUUGUUGUGGUCUGUGGAAUAUUCUUGCUCGCUAAUUACAUCCGCAAAGUCAGGACGAGGAAAGACUUAGAAGACAAUGCAGGAACCAGUGCAAUAAUGAACAAUCAGAACAACGAAAGCCAAACACAAAACCUAGAGGUGCUAUUCUUCAACUUAGAUAAGAUUGUUAAGGCCACUAACAACUUCUCAAGCAGCAAUAAACUUGGAGAAGGUGGUUUUGGACCUGUUUACAAGGGUACACUAGAAGAUGGGCAAGAAAUUGCUGUGAAAAGGCUUUCAAGGAGUUCAUUACAGGGAGUUAACGAAUUCAAAAAUGAAGUAAUUUUGAUUGCCAAACUCCAACACCGAAAUCUGGUAAAGCUUCUUGGUUGUUGCGUUCAAGGGGAAGAAAAAAUGCUGGUUUACGAAUACAUGCCUAAUAAUAGCCUGGACUCCUUCAUUUUUGACACAACAAAAAGUAUGCUCUUAGAUUGGUCUAAGCGCUUCAACAUAAUCUGCGGAGUUGCAAGGGGAAUUCUAUAUCUCCAUCAAGAUUCAAGAUUAAGGAUUAUACAUAGGGAUCUCAAAGCAAGUAACAUUUUACUUGAUAAUGAAAUGAAUCCUAAAAUUUCAGAUUUUGGUAUGGCUAGAACUUUUGGAGGAGAUCAAAGUGUAGGGAAUACAAAUAGAGUGGCCGGAACAUAUGGUUACAUGGCACCUGAGUAUGCUGUAGAUGGAUUAUUCUCAGUGAAGUCUGAUGUCUUCAGCUUUGGUAUUUUGUUAUUGGAAAUCAUUAGUGGAAAGAGAAAUAAAGGGUUCUAUCAUCAAACGAACGAUUUUAACCUUAUUGGACUUGCAUGGAAAUUGUGGAAGGAAGGCAGACCUUUAGAACUAAUGAGUCCAUGCUUCAAGGACCCAAUUAAUCAUCCUGAAGUGCUGCAUUGGAUUCAUAUCGGUCUCUUGUGUGUACAAGAGCACCCUGAAGACAGGCCAAGCAUGUCUUAUGUGGUUGCGAUGUUAGGUAGUGAAAGUAGCUUGCCCCAGCCCAAACAACCUGCUUUCUCAUCCGGAAAAGUCACAGUUAGAGCAGACUCUUCAUCCAGCAAGGCAAGAUCCUCUUCCACCAAUGAAAUGACUGUAACUGAUUUAGAGCCUCGAUAGAGGUGUGAUCUCUAAUUACGGUUCUACCAUUGUCACUUCUAAAAUUUCAAUGUGCAGCAGAUUGUUUAUUGGGCAAGCAUGGAAUUUGUUUUUUUUUUUUUUUUUUUUCCUUAACCAAUGAAAUUGUUCCUACUCUUUUAGUGCCUCAAUAGAGGUUUAUAUAGUUACACUUAUACUAUUGUCACUUUUAAGAUUUAAAUUUGAGAGCAAGAGCACCGUGAAGAAAGGCCAAGAUAUUAUAUGUGGUUGUGAUGUUGGAUAGUAGAAGUGCCUUUCCCUAUCAGCCCAAACCAACCUGCUUUCUCAUCAGGUAAAAACAUUGUUGCAGCAGAUUCAUC